AUGCUCAGAGAGGCAUCAGGUCUAGAAUCCUAAUGCUGGCUACUUGACUGACAGGAGGGAGAUGAAUCCCGUGGCAGCCCUGGAGCUGAAGUCUGUGGACCUGCAGAUCCCUAGGAACAAGAGGGACCAUCACACUCAGGAGAUAAGCUUAAAUAAGUUGAUCCUGCGCCGAGGCCAGUCCUUCUUGCUAAAGCUGACCUUCAACCGAUCUUUCCAGCCCCAGACAGACCAACUUAUCUUUGAGACCCAGACAGGACCAGAGUCCACAGAGCUGCUGGGGACACGAGCCACAUUCUUGCUCACCCAGACCCAGCCUGGGAAUGUCUGGAGUGCUUCCGACUUCGUCAUUGACUCGAACUGUCUCCAAGUCUCACUUUUCACGCCAGCCAACGCCAUUAUUGGCCACUACACAUUAAAGGCAAAGAUUUCUCAGGGACAGGGUCCUGGUGUGACUUACCCACUGGGAAGCUUCACCCUGCUUUUUAACCCAUGGAGUGAAGAGGAUGACGUCUACCUGCCCAGUGAAACACUGCUGCAGGAGUACAUCAGGAGUGAUUACGGCUUUGUUUGCAAGGGCUAUGAAAAUUCCAUUACCUCCAGGCCCUGGAACUACGGACAGUUUGAAGAGGACAUCAUUGAUAUCUGUUUUGAGAUCCUGAACAAGAGCCUGUACUUUCUAAAGAAUCCGUCUGAUGACUAUUCUCAGAGGGGCAACGUGGUGUAUGUGUGCAGGGUGGUGAGUGCCAUGAUCAACAGCAAUGAUGACAGUGGCGUGCUGCAGGGGAACUGGGGAGAGGACUAUUCUCAAGGUGUCAGCCCUCUGGAAUGGAAUGGCAGUGUGGCCAUCCUGCGGCAGUGGUCAGCCAGGGGCGGGCAGCCUGUGAAGUACGGACAGUGCUGGGUCUUUGCCUCUGUUAUGUGCACCGUAAUGAGAUGUUUAGGUGUUCCAACCCGAGUUGUUUCCAAUUUCCGUUCUGCACACAACACAGAUGGGAAUUUGACCAUUGAUACCUACUAUGACCGAACUGCAGAGAUGCUGCCAACUCAGAAACCAGACAAAAUCUGGAACUUCCAUGUCUGGAAUGAGUGCUGGAUGAUCCGGAAAGACCUUCCACCAGGAUACAAUGGGUGGCAAGUUCUUGACCCCACUCCUCAGCAAAACAGCAGUGGGCUGUUCUGCUGUGGCCCUGCCUCAGUGAAGGCCAUCAGGGAAGGGGAUGUCCAUCUGCCCUAUGAUACCCAUUUUGUGUAUGCUGAGGUGAAUGCUGAUGAAGUCAUUUGGCUCUUUGAGAAUGGUCAAGCCCAGGAAAUCUUAGCCCAUAACACCAAUUCAAUCGGGAAGGAGAUCAGCACCAAGAUGGUAGGGUCAGAUGAGCGCCUGGACAUCACCAACUCCUACAAGUACCUAGAAGGGUCCCCUGAGGAGCGGUCUAUAUUCAUGAAGGCUUCCAAGAAAAUGCUAGAAACAAGAAGGGCCUCUUCACCCCUCCUGGAUCUCCUAGGAUCUGAGAGCUUUAAGGAUCAGCCAGUGCAGCUUCAGCUUCACCUGGCCAGGACACCCAUGUGGGGCCAGGACCUACUGCUCAUGCUACAUGUUCAGAGGGUGCCAAACAGAGCACAUGGUCAGGGCUCCAUCAGAAUGACAGUGCGCUUCUGUGCACAGGCCCUGCUGCAUGGAGGCAGCACCCGGAAGCCCCUUUGGAGACAUUUGGUACACUUGAACCUGGAUUUGGGGAAGGAGAUACAGCGUCCACUCCUCCUGCCCUACAGCAAUUACAGAAACAAUUUGACAGAUGAAAAGCUGAUCCGUGUGUCUGGCAUUGCUGAAGUUGAAGAGACAGGGAGGUCCAUUCUGGUCCUAAAAGAUUUCUCUCUGGAGCCUCCCUGCUUAUCUAUUGAGGUGUUUGAAAGGGCUGAGAUGGGCAAGGUCCUGAGUGUCCACAUCACCUUCACCAACACACUAACAGUGGCCCUGAGUAACUGUACCAUGGUGCUGGAGGGAAGUGGCCUCAUCAAUGGACAGAUAACCAAAGACCUUGGGACUCUGAUGGCUGGACAAACAAUCCGAAUUCAACUGGAGCUCUCCCCCAUCAAAGCUGGGCCCCACCAGCUACAAGUCCUCAUCAGCAGCAAUGAAGUUAAGGAGAUCAAGAGCUACAAGAACAUCCUUGUUGUUGCUACCGCUUCCUGAGCCCUGCUUCUGGGUGCCAUGUCUAGUCUCCCCCAAGCCCCUCCAGUACUGCCUUGCUGCUUUCUAUUUCUGAAGGUCUUGUCUUUGUUCUACCUCUGUUGUAGUGGAGAAUGAAGGUCUGCAGAAUCACUAUGCACCAUGGGAAGAAAUAAUAAAGAUGCCUUAGCUCUU